AUGAUCGGCAGCCUUUCGCUGCUGCAGCGCAAAGCCGCUGCUGCAGCUGCUUCUGCUGCUCCCGCGGUUGCUGCUGCUGCUGUCGCCUUGACGAAGUGCUGCUGCUGUAUCGGCUCGGUGUCAGGGGUAGAAUUAGCUGGAGCAGCAUUAUCUAGAGGAGCAGCAGCAAGAGCAGCAGCAUCACCGUUAAGCGUUUGCAGUCGGCAGCAGCUGCGCAGCAAUUGGCUUGAAAGAGCAACAGCAGCAGCAACAGCAGCCAUUACAAGGCGUCAUCAGGCAACUGCAGCAGCCGCCUGUGCUGCUGCUGCUGCACCAGUAGAAAAAGGGGACACCGGCAUGGGGGAGAAACCAUCGAAGAAAGUUCGGCAGACACCAAAAGCAGGAGCAUCAGCCGACGCAGCAGCAAGUGCACCAAGGCAGAAGGAAGAUCGAUCGGCAACAGCAGCAGCAAAGGAUAAGUUGAAGAAGAAGAAGAAGCACACGGCGGAAAAUGCGGCUUCUGCUCCUGCUGCUGCUGGCGUUGCAGCAGAAGAAGCAGCACCAGCAGCAGGCGCAGAAGCUGCAGAGGAAACAGCAUCGGCAGCAGAAGCACCAGCAGCAGCACCAGCAGCACCAGCAGCAUCAGCUGCUGCGACACCAGCAGCAGCAUCACCAGCAGCAUCAGCUGCAUCAGCACCAGCAGAAACAGCACCAGCAGAACCAAUAGCACCAGCACCAGCAGCAAAAGAAUUGUCAGUAUAUGAGCGUUUUCCUUCAAUGGCAGCAGCAGCAGCAGAGCCACAGCUAAAAGAGGGUCUACGGCGGUUUGCUGCUGCAGCAGCAAAACAAAAUAAAAAAACAGGAGCGAUGGCUUGGUCUGUCUUUGAAGGGUUUCCUCCAAGAUCACGCAUAAGAAUAGGAGAUGAACGAUCUAGGUUUGGGCCUCUUGGCCGCGAGAUAUUUUUAUUUAAUCGUGUGGUUGGUGGUGGAAGAAGAAGAGAGCCCUCUUUAGCCUUCUGCAGUAGCAGCAGCAACAGCAGCUACAACAGCAGCAGCAGGAGGUUGCUGCUGCUGCUGUGCGAGGAAGAGUUUGAAGCACUUGUUAAAAUGCUGCCGUGGAUUAAAGCGCAACUUAAUGAGGUUAAGAAACGUAUCUAA